GACGCUGAGAUGAACGCUGCCUGUGUCUAAUUUUAAACUUCAUUACCAAUCCCAAGCUAGGCAAAGGGUGACUGAUGGACGUGGAAUAUGUGACUUUGCCAUGUGGACUAGUGGUAAAACUAUUCAAAUGCUCAUCCUUAGCUCUAGUCUUCUCUGCAGCCUGCAAGAUGAGGAAUCCUGCGACAUUGGAAAUAGGUGCGCACCCCUUCGUCGAGUUUCAUGUUGAGUUCAAAUGCACCCGGCUUGACCACAAAUAGAAAUGUAGUGUAGAAUUAUUUGGAAAUUGUACUUUUGGAUGAAAUCGCUUUUCUCCUGUUACUCGAUUGUUGAAAGGAUCAGAAGGUUUCUGAUCAGGUAGAACGAUGAGCACAUCAUAGCUUCGAAAAGCCAUCACCGGAAGCGUGAACUGUCGGCUGCAUGGUGCCCAACCUAAUUCUAGAUGGUUAGAUGGUCGAGUGAAUGGGAGUCGCUGAGGGACGACGACCUACGGAAGACGGCCCGCGGAAGAGGCGCGACAGCUUCGUGGUCCAUAUUCCACACCACAAAGUCAGAUAAAU